UCUUUGUGUGAGUGCUGGGAACGUGAUGAUAUUUAUGUUCAAAGCGUGUAUAUUUAUAAACACAACCAGCGAAACUAGGCGUGCCUUGAUUACACGAACGUUUCCACUUCAAUUUGCUGUAUGUAAAAGCUAUAAUGACAUCAGCCCGCAAACCGAUUGUUCGAUCGAGUCAUAUUUAUUCAGUAUACAGUUUAAUCUUGUGAAUGAGUCAAUAACAACUCCACUGUCAGUCCCUUUAUGAUCUACGGUACUUGAGGUACUUCAACACCCUGUUAAUAAUUCACUUUAUCUACGUAGAUUAUCGUGUUUGCACGCUGUGACGCUAUAAUUCGAUCUAAUCAUCACUGAGUAGCGAUGGAAUAACUCACGUGGCUAUCAAUUGAAUCUAACAGUAUCGAGCGCAGAUAUGUCGUAUCCACCUCCACAAGACUUCCCGCCAGCGCCCCCACAAGGCGUAGGACCUGGGUAUCCACCUGCCCCACCUGGUAACUACCCGUCACCUGGGCAAGGUGGUUAUGGCCCUCCCCAGGGACCAUACCCGCCCGGAGGUGGUUAUCCACCACCUCAGGGACCAGGGUACGGAUAUCCUCCACCAGGGCCUCCCGGUGGAGAUAUGGGCUAUCCUCCGCCAGGGCCACCCGGUGGGGAUAUGGGUUAUCCUCCACCAGGUUACCCACCUGUUGUCAAUCAACCUGUGGGCCAAGGAGCACCACCUAAUAGUGGUUGGAUGCAUAUGCCGCAAGGACCAGCAGCCAAUUGCCCACCAGGAUUGGAAUACCUUACUAUGAUUGACCAGUUGUUGGUCCAUCAAAAAGUAGAACUACUUGAAGCAUUGACCGGAUUCGAAACGAACAAUAAAUAUACGAUUAAGAAUAGCCUAGGCCAAAAAGUAUACUAUGCAGCUGAGGAUAACGACUGCCUCACGCGAAACUGCUGCGGCCCACUAAGACCAUUCGAGAUGGUCAUCAUGGACAACUAUCGCAACCAGGUUCUGCACUUGCAUCGCCCUCUAGCGUGCGAUUCAUGCUGCUUCCCAUGCUGUCUACAGAGUAUGGAGGUAUCCUCACCGCCUGGGACAAUCCUCGGCACGGUCGAGCAGGAGUGGAGUAUAUUCUGCCCCACAUUCGCGAUUAAAAACGCUAGCGGUGAUACUGUUCUACGUAUCGAAGGUCCACUCUGCACGAUGAGUAUCUGCGGUGAUGUGGAGUUCAAAAUCAUGACAGGCGAUGGCCAGACGCAGGUGGGCAAGAUCUCCAAGCAGUGGUCUGGGUUGGUACGCGAGAUGUUCACUGACACCGACUACUUCGGUAUCAACUUCCCGAUGGACCUUGACGUGCGCAUGAAGGCUGUCAUGCUAGGCGCAUGCUUCCUGAUUGACGCUAUGUUCUUUGAGAAAGUCAGGGAACAACAUUAAGUGCCUUCCUCUUCUUCUGCUAAGUGUGUGUGUAGCACGAGUGUGCGAACAAUGGCCUUGAAUCUGUUACAAUUGUUAUCCCUAUUUAUAUUUAUGUAUAUGAUCGUUUUUUUUUUAUCGAGUUGUACGCAGCUAUUUUAAACAUGUGGGCUUGCUUACGCUCCAAGUCGUUUGCGCACGAUUUGGUAUCUAUUUUAAAUAAAUCUCAGUUUAUUAUA